AUGAUUGAUGUAUGUUUCACUUGUAGUAAAGAUGCGGUUGCAAGAAACCAAGAUUUAGAGUUUGAAAGAAACAAAGAAAGAUUUCAGUUUUUGAGGGUACUUUUUAUAUGCUUAUCAACGUAAAUUUUGACCCCUGAUAUAUGAUGUAGAAAUAUCAGAAAACGUUUUAUAUCUUAAUAUAGUGGGGUUCAAAAGCUUUCAAGAAUGUUACUAUCGUUCCUCCUGGAUCAGGAAUUGUUCAUCAGGUAACAGACUAAGCAGCCAUUAAUGUCUUUAUCUUGAAGUCAGACAUUGAUUGUACUAAAUCACAAGGGCCGCAGUUGUCCAAAACUGGAUAUAUUAACCCAAACAAUGAGUUAAUAUUUAACUCGCUGUUUUGACAUCUGCAGAUUCAUUUCUUUCAAAAUUUUAGAAAAUAAAACUUCUAUUGCCCCAGACAAGAUUGAUAGAAAAAACAUCUCCAUGUUUAUAAACAAGCUACUAACCCUAGUAUAGCAUUUAACCGUGCAUCGCCAUAAAAUUUAUUUUCUCAAAUCUCAAUUUGAUAUUAUAUAAACCUACUACAGUAUAUUCUUGUGAAAAUAGUUUUCAACAUUUAAAGAUGAACUUGUACAAUUUCACAAGCUUACCAGUACAUGUAUAUAUUAAGGUGUAAAAUUGAUUUUUGUGGAAGCACUGUAAGACGGGAUUAUAAAGCCCAUAUCUUGACCAGUGCGGACAAUAAAGACGUAAUACAUUUCCUUCUUAUCUAGGUUAAUUUGGAAUACCUUGGUCGUGUUGUAUUUAAUACAGAUGGUUUACUAUAUCCAGACAGCUUGGUUGGCACAGAUUCUCACACAACCAUGAUCAAUGGUCUGGGCAUACUUGGCUGGGGUAUGAACCUUUAUAUGAAAAUUUUCAAUAAGUAUAUAGCUAUUCCAAAACUAAAAGAGCUUGUUCCAUUUUUUGUGCGAUUUUGCGAAUCUUUGUCAGCUGUAUUCUUCUUGGUAUUAAUUGGUUAACAAACUGUAACAAUGAUAUUGCAACUUACUGUGAAAGCCUGGAUAGGAUAUUAUUUAGGAAAAAAAUAUUCAUAGACUGAGAUUUGCAUGAAAAAAGAAACGGUUACAUGUAUAUACAGUAAUAUGUUAGGUAAUAUGUUAGUAACCUAAAUUCGUUAGUAAAUGAAGAAUAUUCGCAUGAAGUGUAUUUAUACUCGUAUAAAGGUUGUUACAACACAAAUCCAGGGCAACUUAUUGUAGGAUGCUACACUGGGCUCCACGUUUGAGAUAAUUGAAAUAUUCACCGACCAUUUCAAUGAUUCAAUCAAAGUGUUACACCUUCAUUUAGGUGUUGGUGGUAUCGAAGCAGAGGCGGUUAUGCUUGGCCAAGCAGUCAGUAUGGUUCUUCCCAAAGUUCUCGGCUACAAACUAACUGGAGAACUCAACAGUCUAGCCACGUCAACGGAUGUCGUCUUAACUAUAACCAAACACCUUCGCCAGAUUGGCGUCGUCGGGAAAUUCGUAGAAUUCUUCGGCCCAGGGCUGUCACAGCUAUCAAUAGCGGACCGCGCAACCAUCGCAAAUAUGUGUCCAGAGUAUGGAGCAACCGUAGGAUUCUUUGCCGUGGAUGAGACGAGCAUGAAGUAUCUGAGACAGACUGGUCGCGAUGAAGAACGAAUUGCGUUUAUUGAGAAAUAUUUGAAAGCCAAUAAGAUGUUCCGACAUUUUGAGAAUCCCGAUGAAGAUCCCGUGUUUUCUCAGGUAACACAAUCGUUUCCAUGAUCCAGCUCUGCCACGCAUGAAAGUGAGAUGAUUUAUUCAUCUAUGGCAUCAAUUCGCUGUUUAUGAUAGAGGAAUAUUGCAUAUACUGUCCUAAUUUCAUAGUAUAGUUUCAUGAAAAACUGCAAAGUAAAGACCGUUUAAACAGCCAUAAAUAAUACAGUACAGUUGUAACCCUACGUCCACCUUUGGACCUCACAAAUGUGUCCGCUUAAAAGAGGUGUAUGCUUCAGAGAGGUGGUAUUCGUUUAUAGGAGUUCAACAUAUACUUAUAAUAUUUAUAUUAGACGACACUACUGUACUUCAAGUGUAUCUUGCAAGUUGCAACAUCUGACUUUCAAUGUCCUUCGUACAAGCUUUUAUUCCAUGGGUGUCAGAUGUUGGCUUCCGAGGUAACCGCGUUACCUGCAAGUGAGUGGAGCUAACUGCAAACCUAGGUCAGAAGGUCUUGUGCACGCUAGUAUAAUAGAAAAUUUCAAUUUUGCCCAGUGUCUUUUGCAAUAUUCACCGACCAGAUUCCUGGGUCCCCAACCUGCUUCAGCUACCUGCAAAAAAGUAAAUACUGUAUACAGGCAUGUUUUAUUCUUAUUUUAAAACAUUUCUCCUAGGUUGUCGAGUUAGAUCUCACUACAGUUGUGUCUUGUGUAUCAGGACCAAAGCGACCACAUGACAAGGUUGCCGUGUCUGAGAUGCAGAAGGAUUUUAAAGAAUGUCUCGAUAAUAAAGUUGGUUUUAAAGGCUUUGGUUUGUCUGCAGAGAAACAGAAAUCCGAAAGUGUCAUGGAGUACGAGGGUCAAAAUUUCACAUUAAAACAUGGUAAGCUGCGUUGGUUAAGGAAUUUGAAAAUCAGUCACUGUGGGUGAUCUACGAGAAUUUAGGGGCUGUUUACGUACGUGAUAUGGGGUGAAAGGCGGGAUGAUUUUGAUGUAUUGAAAUAAAUCACCAUAUGUAGGCUAUAACGAAAGUUCACGCCGCUUAAAGACCUCAGAUGUUAUUGAGAAGAUCUUGUGGUUCACGAAAAUCUCGUACUGUAGUUGAAGAAGAGGAUUAUUGCUGCUUGAAUAUCCUUUCGUUUACAAUUAUAAUCAUCCGGCCUCACGUCUUGUCCCAACGAAGUGCUAUCAUGUAAACAGCCCCUUAGAAAGGUCAAUCGAUUGGUCAUUUGCUUGGGUUCGCCCAUUGGGUGGGUUGUGUCUGCCAUACAUAAACCAACUCUAUAUAUUUUUUGGUCUUCUCAUGUUUUAUUUUCUUGCCAGGUUCGGUCGUCAUAGCAGCAAUCACGAGUUGUACAAACACCAGUAACCCCUCAGUGAUGCUGGGAGCAGGACUGCUGGCCAAGAAUGCUGUGGAAUGUGGACUCAAAGUCCGACCAUAUAUAAAGACCAGUUUAUCACCAGGAUCCGGAGUGGUCACUUACUAUCUACAAGAAAGUGGAGUCAUACCAGC